ACGCCCCCUUCACGGUCUUGGCUGCCCGUCGGCUUCCCGACACGCUCUCCGAGUCCACAGCAUCGGGGGAUGGAGUAGAGGAAGGAAGAGAACCAUGGAUCCCACCGAAGAAAAAAACGGCAAAACAGUCGACAUUUAUCGCGACACGUGGGUUCGCUUCUUAGGCUAUGCCAAUGAAGUCGGGGAGGCCUUCCGUGCUCUGGUUCCAGUGAGUCUCGUAUGGGGAAGCUAUGCUGUGGCCACUGCGUAUGUUACGGCUGACGCUGUGGACAAAGGGAAGAAAGCAGCUGUGGCCCAUGGGGACAACCCAGGGAGGACAACACGGGUUGCGGUGGCUGUAGUGGACACGUUUGUGUGGCAGGCCCUCGCCUCUGUGAUCAUCCCAGGCUUCACCAUCAACCGUGUGUGUGCUGCUUCACUGUACCUGCUGGGCAGAACCACUAAGUGGCCGCUGGCCGCCCGCAAGUGGACCACCACAGCUAUAGGCCUCUCCACGAUCCCCUUCAUCAUUACUCCGAUAGACCGGUCAGUGGAUUUCCUGCUAGACUCGAGCCUUCGUAAAGUCUACAAUGAGGGAGAGAAGCACGAAUAGAAAGGGAUCAUGCUGCACAAACUUCCUCUCCUGGAUAGAUAUCGGUCCAGCCUAUGUGCUGCUGUGCCGAUUAUCCAGAAGACGUGCAAAGAAGGCGUUCACGGAGCAAGAUUUUAGGCAAAGAUACCUACAGUAAAAUAGUUGCAUUGCAGAAUUCUAACAUUUCUAUACCAGGUUAAGUUAUUAAAGCGAAAUCCUGCUGUGUGAAAUACCCCUUGGGGGAAACUGAAUUUUUACAUCUCAGGGCGAUCUGGGUAGCGACACCGAAAUGUGUAAAUGGGAAUGUAGCAGUGUAAAAGUUGUAUGAAUACUCCAUUCGACAGGGUGAAUUCCUGCUUCUUUGGCAGGCGUACGGUGUCCUGAUAUAUUCCUCUGAUCUUUUAUACAGAGAAAAACCUCCAAGGUUGCCCUCGUGGGCUACAGCUGAGAGCUAUUACUCUGGCUUGCAGGAUAUCGCUUUAUGUUCAGGUAGAAAUGCGGUUACACACAAAUCCACACUUGCUGCAUUUGUUAGCCAUAUUUAGAGGCAGGCCUAAAAAAGCCAUGAUGUCCUAUUAUUUGUUGCCAACUUAAAAUAUGACUUUGUUUUUGUUUCUUUUUGAAGACUUCUGUUGCUGUUUGAUAGAAAAGAAGCACCUUUCUCUUGUUUUAUUCUGCUUUAUUGUCAAUAAUGGAAGCCACUGAGGUUUUCAUUGAGAGUUCUUCACAAUAGUUACUUCUACAUACAGCAUGUAUAGAAAUAGUGUAACUGAUUGUAGUUUAAAAAUGUGAGAAAUGCCAGUUUUAGAUCCACAGAUGUAUGUCUAACAAAUUUAAAGCAAGGACAGAGAGUAAAGAUGUCUCGACUCCACUUGACUUCAGAUUAUUAUGAGGCCAGCAUAUAACUGGUGCAGAAGUUAAACAGCUUUUUGUCAAUAAUGCAAUUAAAUUUAGUGUUAUCCUUCUCAACUGUUUGUGAAGGCCAGUCUAGUUCCUAUGCAGAAAAUGAUUUAGGUAUUAAAGAAAUCCGCUAUACUAUAUGUAGAUAAUUGCUUUUGUUAAAGGAGCCAAAAAAAGAAUAUAUACUGUAUCUCAUGCUGAACUAUGCAAGGGGGAAAAAACAACUGUGUGCAUAAAAGAGCUUAGAAAAUGUUGGGGAUUGUUAAAAAAUAAAGUAUGUGGUUACAUGUCGUGAACAUUUUUAGAAAUCUAAAGGGAAAAACUAAAAAUGUAGCUUUACAUUUUGAGCUGUAACUAAGACAGCGAGGCACAUUUUGGCAACGGUUGUCGGUUUUUGUGUCAGUUUACACCAGUGUACCGUCGUAGCAAUAACCUUUGUUUAAUGUGUUUGUCACAGAAAAGCUGGAGCGCUACAGAUUGCUGAUUCUUACAAAUGAUGCAACCUAGUCAAUAGUGUUUAAUUGCACGAUCAGGAGAAAGAUCGCUGAAAAAAUGUUUAUUUUAGGGGGGUUGCCAUUAACAAACACAUUCACUUAAGCACAUACUUUACUUUUACCUCAUGUACAUAAAUGGACAGUUUUUACACUGAUAGUUUGAUUUGUCAUAGCAGGAAUGUAUCAACAGUGUGUGUACCAGUUACUACAUUUAAAUGUAAUAUAGCCACAAACAAUGUAAUCUAUUACAGCGGUACUUUUCCUGCUAUGACUUCCUGCCUUGGGAAACAAAGUGCAUCGGUGCCUCCUUUGUGAAAAUGUCUAUAUUCGGUUUUAACAUUUCAGAUUUGAACUUUUUUGUAUUUCUACUGUUCUGUUGCAUGCUGCAAAAACAAAAGUCAUGAUUUUUAAACUUUUUUUGACAUGUAUGACCGUGUGUUUGGAGGAUUUUCAGUCUUUCCUGACAACAAAAAAAGGGUCACACCUCAAACUGUGUUAGUUCACGAGCUGGAGAUUAUUUUUUCAAAUGUGAAAAUAACUGUUGAAAGUUAAAGCUCCAUUCGUUAGAGUGGUCACCUAAUCCUGAUGUCCUGUAACUUCUGAAACUGGUGAAAUAAAUGAUAUAAUGUCUA